GUGUAGCUAGGCAAUAAUAUUGAGGUGCACAUCCCCCUGAUAUUUAUCAAUGGCGGCAUGUACCGUACAUUGUGAUUGCAAAGUGUAAAGUUGCCACUUGACGUUUAAGUAUAAGGAAGCAGGUUGCAAUCGGUUUAAUUUGUAAUAUUUUUAAUUCUGUGAAGAAAACUGUAACUCUGAGUAAUGAGUCGUAGAAGACCUCACGAAGAAGAGGAUGGCUAUGACCGAGCCUACAGGAAGAGGAGGAGAGUAUCUGAAAACCAGGAAAUAGAAGAUCGCUUGGAGUCAUUAAUUCUGAGAGUUGGAGAAAAGAGUACUUCAUCCUUGGAAAGUAACUUGGAAGGCCUAGCAAGUGUAUUAGAAGCCGAUUUGGCAUCUUUCCGUAGCAAGAUCCUUCGCAUUCUAACAGAUUGUGCCAUAAAAAUGCCAGAAAAAUGCACUAUAUACACUACCCUGGUUGGACUGCUUAAUGCAAAAAAUUACAAUUUUGGUGGAGAAUUUGUUGAAUAUAUGGUGCGUAACUUGAAGGAUUCGUUGAAAGCCUGCAAAUGGAACGCAGCCCGAUAUUCUUUAAGGUUUCUGGCUGACUUAGUUAACUGUCAUGUAAUCUCCGCGGGUUCAUUAUUACAACUACUGGAUAACAUGGUUGAUGCUGCCAAAGAAGAUGGAGUACCACAGGUUCGCAAGGAUUGGUAUGUGUUUGCAGUGCUGUCGACUUUACCAUGGGUGGGACGAGAGUUAUAUGAAAAGAAGGAGCAAUCUCUUGAACAUCUUCUGGUGUCCAUUGAAGUAUUUCUUGGAAAAAGGAGCAAAAAACAUCAUGCAGCCCUCCGUGUAUGGGCCUUGGACACCCCUCACCCUCAAGAAGAGUACUUGGACUGCCUCUGGGCUCAAAUUCGGAAAUUGCGGCAGGAUAAUUGGGCAGAAAAGCACAUACCUCGUCCUUACUUGGCAUUUGAUAGCAUUUUGUGUGAGGCCUUGCAGCACAACUUGCCAACAAUUUUGCCUCCACCUCAUCAUGACAGCUAUCAGUAUCCAAUGCCUCACGUUGUUUUUCGUAUGUUUGACUACACAGACUGUCCUGAGGGACCAAUACUUCCAGGUGCUCAUUCUAUAGAAAGGUUCUUGAUAGAAGAACACCUUCAUCAGAUUAUUGAGAUGCAUCAUUUAGAGAGAAAGGAUUGUGCAGCACAUCUACUUAACUUUCCAUAUAAAUCAAAGAUUCCACUUGACUACUCAAUUGUGGAAGUAAUUUUUGCCGAACUGUUUCACAUGCCAUCACCACGGUACCUGGAGAUUGUCUAUGGCUCAAUUUUAAUUGAAUUAUGUAAAUUACAACCUAGCACCAUGCCUCAGGUUUUAGCUCAGGCUACAGAAAUUCUGUUCAUAAGGAUUGACACAAUGAACACUGCCUGCUUUGAUAGGUUUGUGAAUUGGUUUGCAUAUCACUUAAGUAACUUUCAGUUUCGCUGGAGUUGGGAAGACUGGGACUCAUGUUUACAGCUUGACCCUGAACAUCCUCGUCCUAAGUUUGUGCGAGAAGUUUUACUAAAAGCAUUAAGGUUAUCAUACCAUCAAAGAAUCAAGGAGAUGAUGCCAGAGCCAUUUGAAUCUUUGAUACCAGCAAAACCUGAGCCAAAGUUCAAGUAUGCUGCAGAGGGUGCAGGAUCUUUACCUGGUACAACACAUGCACAUAAAUUAGUGGUGUCCAUCAGAGCAAAGUGUAAACCAGAGGAAGUUCUACAUGUACUAAAAGACUUGCCUAAUUCUCGACAUGAUGAUGAUGCUGAUUCACGCUUCAAUCCACUGAAGAUUGAUGUCUUUGUUCAGACACUAUUGAACCUAGGAUCAAAAAGCUUUUCCCAUUCAUUUGCUGCCAUAUCAAAAUUCCAUUAUGUGUUUAAGGAACUGGCAGACUCAGAGGAGGCUCAGAUUUGCAUCCUAAGGAACAUGUUUGAGCUUUGGAAUGAUCACCAACAAAUGAUGUGUGUACUUAUUGACAAGAUGUUGAAGACACAGAUAAUUGAAUGUUCAGCUGUUGCUAACUGGAUCUUCUCUAAAGAAAUGUCUGGAGAAUUUACAAAACUGUACCUGUGGGAAAUACUACAUCUGACAAUCCGCAAGAUGAGCAAACAUGUGAGCCGUUUAGGACGUGAAUUAGCUGAAGCUCGUGAGCGAUUACGGCACGCAGAGAGUGACAGCGAUGAGUCAGAAGAUGGUGAUGGAGAGGGAAACAAUAACUCUAGCAAGCAUGGCAUAUCAGGCGUGGGAGAUGACCAUGAAAAACCUUCAGAAGACAUGGUAGACCGGAUGGAAGAACGCCUUGAAGCUGCACAGGCUGACCAGAAGAACCUUUUCCUUAUCAUAUUCCAGAGAUUUAUAAUGAUUUUAUCUGAACACUUGGUGCGCUGUGACACAGAUGGAAGGGACUUCAAUACACACUGGUAUAAGUGGACCAUCGGACGGUUGCAGCAAGUGUUUCUAGUGCACCAUGAACAGGUCCAGAAAUACAGCUCUACUCUGGAGACCCUACUUUUUACACAGGAUCUGGAUCCACAUAUCCUGGAAGUGUUCCACCAGUUUACAUCUCUUCGUGCAUAAGAAUGUAACUCCUGCCAGAAGUGCAUUACUGAACAUUUUGAAUGUUUGGGGGAGUAUUUUAUUUAUGAAAUUGUUGAGCUAGAACUGGGAGUGAGGUGGAAGUUACAGAGUUAAGAUUGUUUGGGUGUUAGAGUAAUAAACAAGUGGCUUGGCAGCAGGUGAUUACAGGUCAAAGGCUUCAAAAACUGUUGUAGCAAUAUUACCUUCAUUUGAAUGCUUGCAUCACUGUUUCAUUCAGUAAAUCUGAAAGGUAUUAGUGCAUUUACAUAAUUUACGACUGCAUAAUGUACACACCUCUGGGUUCAAACAAGAAAUUUCUGAAAAAAAUAAAUACUCUACCAGGACAGGAUGGUCCAGGUUAUGGUAAUGUUUGCUAUUAAUUCUUCAAAACCAUAACCACUAAGGAGACUUGGCCA